AGGCAUGAGCAUUUCCUAAAUGCUCACUGGCUGGUGGGUGGAGAUUUCAAUCAAAUCUGAAGGGCUAUGAACUUUUAUUUAAUGGCUUCUGUCUCGAGUGCCUGGAGAUCGGAUCGUAGAAGAAUAAGGGAGCUCUGAACCAGGAGUCAUGGAAGCCAAACCCAAGCUCUACUACUUUUGCGGGCGAGGCAGGAUGGAGUCCAUCCGCUGGCUGCUGGCUGCGGCAGGAGUGGAGUUUGAAGAAGAAUUUCUUGAGACAAGAGAACAGUAUGAGAAGUUGCAAAAGGAUGGGCGCCUGCUUUUUGACCAGGUCCCUUUGGUUGAAAUGGAUGGAAUGCUGCUGACACAGUCUAGAGCUAUCCUCAGCUACCUUGCUGCCAAGUACAACUUGUAUGGGAAGGACCUGAAGGAGAGAGCCAGGAUUGACAUGUAUACUGAUGGCACCCUGGACCUGAUGAUAAUGAUCGCCUGGGUUCCAUUCAAACCCCCUGAGGAAAAAGAGGAGAACUAUGCUUUAAUCAUGAAGAGAGCUAAAACCCGUUACUUCCCGGUCUUUGAAAAGAUUUUAAAAGACCACGGUGAAGCUUUUCUUGUUGGCAACCAGCUCAGCUGGGCAGACAUUCAGCUGUUAGAAGCCAUUUUGAUGGUGGAAGAACUCAGCCCUCCCAUACUGUCCGACUUCCCUCUGCUGCAGGCAUUUAAGACAAGAAUCAGCAACAUUCCUGCAAUUAAGAAGUUUCUGCAGCCUGGGAGUCAGAGGAAGCCACCUCCAGAUGACCACUACGUUAAGGUGGUCAGGAACGUCCUGAAGUUCUAGUGGCAGCAGGUGUUAAGGAGGCUACAGCAGGGAUCCAAUGGCAGCGUCGCCAUAGGCCAGCUACGGAGCAAUCCAGAAGCAAAGGAUGGAUCCCAGGAGUCUUCAGCUGCAGUAGAAUAUUUUUCUAAGGGGUGUUACUUUUGUUUAUGCUGCAUUUGUUUAACUCUAUGAAGCUGUGUUACUGUGCCUGUCUAAAACACCUGGUGGUCUAAUAAAACUGGCCAAUAGCAAGGCAGGAGAAAGGAGAGGUGGGGCUGGUAGGCAGAAUGUAUAGAGGGAAAAUCUGGGAGGAGAGCUAGAUCUAGCAGCCAGAGGAGGAGGAGGACUCCAGAGGCCAGCCACCCAGCUACACAGGAAGCCACAGAGAAAGAGUAAGAUUUACAGAAGUUAGAGAAUGGGAAAAAGCUCAGAGGCAAAAGAUAAACGGGUUAAUGUAAGGAAAGCUGGCUAGAAACUAAAACAAGCUAAGGCCGGGCAUUCAUAAGUAAGAAUAAGCCUCUGUGUGUGUGAUUUAUUCGGGAGCUGGGUGGCGGACCCUCCCCUCCC